AUGGGAACUGCUUGCUGCUCUACAGGCUUUGUUCGUCUACAUCCUGACAAGGGAGAAAAUGAGCAUAACAAUGUUGACUUUUUGAUGCUGAGGAUUGUGACGAUGCUCUCCAUGCAGCUGAACGGCGACGCUGCUACGCAGGCAGCAUUAUUCAACGACUUUUCCAUGAGCUGGCAAGACUGCAUCUUCAACGAAUCGGCUCGAAGGCUUUGCAUAAUCUACCAAAUUGUCAAAAUGCUAGUCCACUUCGAACCAGCUUCACGGUGCAAGGACUGGACUAUUCUUGUGCUUGCUCGACUUCCCUCGAGAAAACAGCUCUGGGAAGCAAAUAAUGAGACUUCAUGGAUGGUAGCGACCGUGAGACCGGACUCACGGGACGCCUAUGGUAUGGCAGUGAGUGGUCAGCUUGUCAAGCUUGAUUUCCACGAAGCGGUGGACAUUGCAACGGCCCUCAAUGGACCAGGCUCGCGCUCUCCCGCGAAGUGGCAAGAUUGGUGCGCAGGCAUUGAUAGCUUUGGUGGACUGGUACUGCUUGCUGCUGCCAUGUAA